AUGUUGACUGGUCCGUCAAAUUCAACGCGAAGAUCUAGUUUGUGUGACCGAGAGAAAACUUCCGACACGUCGCCGCUUCUGACGCACAAACAUCGAGCCCCCAAGACGCCGCACAAGCCCCCAAGACGCCGCACAAGCCCCCAAGACGCCGCACAAGCCCCCAAGACGCCGCACAAGCCAUCAAGACGCCGCACAAGCCCCCAAGACGCCGCACAAGCCCCCAAGACGCCGCACAAGCCAUCAAGACGCCGCACAAGCCCCCAAGACGCCGCACAAGCCCCCAAGACGCCGCACAAGCCCCAAGACGCCGUACAAGCCCCCAAGACGCCGCACAAGCCCCAAGACGCCGCACAAGCCCCCAAGACGCCGCACAAGCCCCCAAGACGCCGCACAAGCCCCCAAGACGCCGCACAAGCCCCCAAGACGCCGCACAAGCCCUCAAGACGCCGCACAAGCCCCCAAGACGCCGCACAAGCCACCAAGACGCCGCACAAGCCCCCAAGACGCCGCACAAGCCCCCAAGACGCCGCACAAGCCCCAAGACGCCGCACAAGCCACCAAGACGCCGCACAAGCCCCAAGACGCCGCACAAGUCCCCAAGACGCCGCACAAGCCACCAAGACGCCGCACAAGCCCCCAAGACGCCGCACAAGCUCCCAAGACGCCGCACAAGCCACCAAGACGCCGCACAAGCCCCCAAGACGCCGCACAAGCCCCCAAGACACCACACAAGCUCCCAAGACGCCGCACAAGCCACCAAGACGCCGCACAAGCCCCCAAGACGCCGCACAAGCCACCAAGACGCCGCACAAGCCACCAAGACGCCGCACAAGCCACCAAGACACCACACAAGCCCCCAAGACGCCGCACAAGCCCCCAAGACGCCGCACAAGCCACCAAGACGCCGCACAAGCCCCCAAGACGCCGCACAAGCCCCCAAGAUGCCGCCCAAGCCCCCAAGACGCCGCACAAGCCACCCCUCCACCUUUAAGACUCGCACGCAGACACCGAAAUGCAUUAGAGAGCCAUAAUUAA